GAACCUGGCUCCCCUCCCCUCCGAAGCUCGCGGGGAUCCCUCCCUCCCACCCCUCCCCUCCCCCCCGCGCCCCGAUUCCGGCCCGAGCCGGGGGGGAGGCCGGGCGCCCGGGCCAGAGUCCGGCCGGAGCGGAGCGCGCCCGGCCCCAUGGACAGCUCGGCCGUCAUUACUCAGAUCACCAAGGAGGAGGCGCGGGGCCCGCUACGGGGCAAAGGUGAUCAGAAGUCAGCAGCUUCUCAGAAGCCCCGGAGCCGGGGCAUCCUCCACUCGCUUUUCUGCUGUGUCUGCCGGGACGAUGGGGAGGCCCUGCCUGCGCACAGUGGGGCACCCCUGCUGGUGGAGGAGAACGGAGCUGUCCCCAAGCAGACCCCAGUCCAGUACCUGCUCCCAGAAGCCAAGGCCCAGGACGUGGACAAGAUCUGUGUGGUCAUCGACCUGGAUGAGACCCUGGUGCACAGCUCCUUUAAGCCAGUGAACAACGCCGACUUCAUCAUCCCUGUGGAGAUUGAUGGGGUGGUCCACCAGGUCUACGUGCUGAAGAGGCCCCACGUGGAUGAGUUCCUGCAGCGAAUGGGCGAGCUCUUUGAGUGUGUGCUGUUCACCGCCAGCCUUGCCAAGUAUGCAGACCCAGUAGCUGAUCUGCUGGACAAGUGGGGGGCCUUCCGGGCGCGCCUGUUUCGGGAGUCCUGUGUCUUCCACCGGGGGAAUUAUGUGAAGGACCUGAGCCGGCUGGGCCGAGACCUGCGGCGGGUGCUCAUCCUAGACAACUCGCCCGCCUCCUACGUCUUCCAUCCAGACAACGCCGUACCAGUGGCCUCCUGGUUUGACAACAUGAGCGACACAGAGCUUCACGACCUGCUGCCCUUCUUCGAGCAGCUCAGCCGCGUGGAUGACGUGUACUCAGUGCUCAGGCAGCCUCGGCCCGGCAGCUAGUGAGGCGCCCUGGGGCCAGGAGCUGCCCCUGACCAAGGCACACACCCCUCACACGUGGACUUUGCCUUAAGAAAACCCAGCGGCCACUGCCACCACCUCAGCGUCAUGGGGAAGUGGGCCCUCCCCACCUGCCUGGCCAGGCUGUGAAGGGGGCAGCAGGCUGCGCCAAGGGCGAUGAGCCUCUGGGUCCCUGUGUCAGUGCCUUAGAACCUCCUCCUCCUUCUUGGGGGAUCUGUGGGGCCCUGUGUGCCGCUCCCCCUUUCUCUCUCUCUCUGCUGCCAUGUUUCUUUGCUGCCAAAUUGGGCCUCUUGGCCCUUUCUGGUUCUGCUUCGGGGAGGGGCAGGGUUCUUGCCGCCCCGUGCCUUGGGCCCCCAGCUUGGGAACGGUGGACACCCAAGUGCCUUGCGUAGAGCCCUUUUCCCUGCCCUGUUUCCCCAGGGCCGUGAUCGGGUCAGCUCUGGCCUGGAACAGUCUCCAGAUGGCUGCAGUCUAGGCUGGAGGGGGAGGAAACAGUCUCCCACCUCCUCCCUUGGGACUGAUAGAGCCCCCAUCAUUCUCUGCCUGGGAGGGCAGGGAGGGCAGAAGAUCUGUUACCACUUGUGAAGGGAGCGGCGUGUGUCCUCUGGGACCCCAGAGUCCAGCUUCUCUAGGCUCAUUCGCAGCCGAAGGCUGCUCCCCACACCAAGCCCUGACCUCUCACAUCUGCCUUGACCACCCCAAGGCCCUGGGGCUUGGCUCCCCCAACUCCUAGUGUGGGGGCGGAGGCAGGACCCCUUUGUGGUGCCAUAUAAAUAUGUAUAUGUGUAUAUAGAUUUUUAGGGGAAGGGGAGAGGGAAGGUUCGGGGUAGAGAGACCCCCUCCUUCACCCCUUUCCUGGACCCAUAAAUUGUGGGGAGGGAGGGAAAGGAUUUUUACAUUUUUUAAACUGCUAUUUUCUGAAUGAAACAGGCUGGGCCAAGGGGCCCCAAGCCCUGUCUUCUGUCCCUCACACCCUCUUUGCUCCAAUUACUCAUUCAUUCAAAACACAUUAGCAGCUUCUCUGUGCCCAGCGCUGUGCUAGGCCCACCAGCUGAGUGUGUAGGGGUCUCUGCACCUAAUCCGGUGCCUCCCCCACCCACUCCAUACUUCACCGGUGCCUUUAGGGGAGCUGUAGGAGGUGGGACCCUUCUUGGGGGGCUUGGGGGUCUCCAGGAAGCCUGGCCAAGCUGUCCCCCCGCCCCCCGCCCCGUGCCAACCCACCCCCUGUCGCCCCCUGCCUCACCCCCUGCUGGCUGGGGGCAGCUCUCAAGACAUCCUGCCUUCCAGUUCUGACUUCUUUAUCUGGAACCCCUUCCCCAAAAUGCUGAGAGUCUGGAGGUGAAGGCCUUGGGCUCUCCCCAGGGCUUAACGGUUAAGGGGACCCAUAUACCAGUGCCAAGGGGGGAUGUCAAAUGGAGAUACCAUUGCCCCUCCGCCCCCGAGAACUGGGGGUGGGAGGGAGGUUAAGGUUGGCCUGAAUAGGCUGACCUUCCUAUUUAAGUGCCUUCUCUGACUGAGCCCCACAGUAUGCCGAGAACUAAAGAGAACGCCAGACCCCCCAUGCUGCCUCUGUGGUCAUUGGGGGGACGCUGAAGCGGGGAGCGGUCGUGUGUCGCAUGAGGCCACACCCCCCAGUAAAUCCUUUGGGGGGGAGCGUGAAGGGAGGGGCUGCCCUAGGCCCCGGGCCUUCAAGCGUGCAAGUGCGAGGUCGACGCCCCCCGGUGAGCGGCCUCGCGUGCACCGCUGUACUAUUUAAUUAUUCUGCUUCUCUUAGCCUCAGUUACCUGACCGGCAAAAUGGAGAAACGCUCUCUGCGGAGUUGAUUAAAUGCCUGCACACCGAGGGCUCGCUAGUGGUAGCCUUAAAGUAAAGCUGGGCUGCGUCCCUAGGCGAGGCCCCUGGAAGGUAUUUGCAGGCGGGAGGGGUGUGGCCUCUGUCCCCGGGUAGAGGGGCGGGGCUCUGGUGGCCCCCGAGCGGGGUCUGGGGGGCGGGGCGAGUUCUUGGGAAGCCAAGUUCGGCUCCAAACCGAAGAACUUCGGCCGAGGCGUCGGGAAGGGCGGGCAGGCGGAGGCGUCAAGGUCUCCGGGGAGACUGGGGGCAGGCGCUCGGUCUCCUUGCCCUUCGCACCGCCCUCCCCCAUCCGCCCCUCGGCGGCCUCUCAGCACCUACCGGCCGCGCCCUUGCACGAGCCUCCGGCCCACUUCCUGCCUCCGCCCCUCCGGCCCGGGCAGCACUUCCUUUGCAAAACUGGGCAGCCCCAGGCCCUGGCAGGAAGUGCCCUCCCGCCCCUCCCCGGCCCGCCCUCUCCUGCUUCCCACGGUGGCCGCUAGAGGCCUCUCUGUCCUCGGUGACGCCAGCCUGCCCCUCCCCCCCACCCCGGGGGCUGGAAAGAUGGGCGCCAGCAUCAUUCACCCAUCUCCCGGGCUGGGGGCAGUGUUCCCCCCAAUACACAUAAACACACGGGACAGAAGAGAGAUUUGCCCUUUCCAAAGUUGGUCUCUGUCCCCCCAGCUCUGCCUACCUUGCCCCUUCACCCCCUCAUCCCCAUACCUUGUGAAUCAAGCCUCAAUUCGGUCUCCUUGCGCCCCAGAUGUUGGUCUGUUCCCCAAGUCUGGGGCGGGGGGGACCCGCAGCGUGUGUGAUCCGGGAAGAGAAGCCCACAGCUCCCAUCAGCUCCACUCUGAGCUGGAGCCCACCGGGGCGGGGUAAAUACUCAGCCCUCCCUGCCUCCGCCUUCCUCCUCCCUGGGGUACUGCUUGAUUUCCUGCUCUCCCAGUAAACACUGGUUACCCCCAAGAUUUGCAUUGCAGGGGCCCUGACACACCAGGGAGUCACCAGGGUUCCCAGCUUUGAAUGAGACCACAGUCAGUCUCUCCCCACCACCCCCACCCACGCAGCCUUCACCCACAUGGAGUUCAACUCAACCACAUGUAUUCGCGUUCUCUGUGUGCUGGGCACGAUGCCAGGACCCAGGGACACCCCAUGACUGGGCCAUGCCUCUGCUUUCAAGGAACCCACACCCCAGUGCUGGGAAAGACACCUGAAAUGCAGGGCACCUGGGUGGCUGAGAUGGCUAAGCCGCUGCCCCCUGCUCAGGUCAUGAUCUAGUCCUGGGAUCGAGCCCAGAGCCCCCUGUCUGGCUCCCUGCUCAGCGGAGAGUCUGCU